AUGUUGAAAUGCCUGUAUCGGGAGCUGGGUGGGGAAGAUGAGGUGUUGGCGCUGACAGGCGGGGAGGCGUGUGAGAAGGGAGUGGAGAUAGCAGCGCUGGUCAUGGACUCGGUGCCUCCAGCUGUUGUGGGGGACCCUCUCCGACUCAGACAGGUGCGUGCAAGUGUGUGCUUGGGUGUCCCCUCCGUCGUCCGCCCUUGUCACCCCUCUAAACCCCUCCCACCCCCCCGACCUCCCCGCACCCGCCCUCUACCCUCUCCUACACUGCAGAUUCUUCUGAACCUCUUCACUGUUGCUGUGCGCCUCACCAAUCGGGACCACAUCUUCCUCUGCGUGCUCAUUGCCCCUCUCAAACCCCACAACCUUAUUCUUCUGAACCUCUUCACUGUUGCGGUGCGCCUCACCGAUCGAGGCCACAUCUUCCUCUGCGUGCGCGUCGCCUUCGACCCUCCCCACAAACCACCGGCACCAGCAGCAGGGGCAGGAGCAGCAGCAGCAGCAGCAGCAGCAGGAGGAGCAGCAGGAGCAGCAGGCGAAAAGGGCAAAGGCAGAGACCCGCAGCAGCAGGGGGAGGGGCAGGGGGAGGGGGAGGGAGGGGAGGAGGAGAAGGAGAGGGCAGCACGGGGGAAAGCGUCUCUAAUGAAGGGCGAGCACCUGACUCUGAGCGGGUUACCAGCAGUGGACGGCAGUAACAGCUGGCCUGCUGUCUGUGAGAUGCUGAAGCAGCAGGAGAACCGACUCAGAAAGUCACCCUCUGGUGGCGCUGCUGCUGGUACUGCUGGGACUGCUCCUGCUCCUGCGUCUGUAGCUGCUUCUGGCAGUGGCAGUGGCGGUGGUGGUUCUUCUGCUGCUACUGCCAUGGGUACAUCUGGAGCGGGGGCAAGGGCAGGGGCGGACAGGAGGAGGAGGGGAAUCAGGCUGCUGUUCAGUCUGGAGGACACGGGGGCGGGGCUACCGGGGGAGGUGCUGGCAGCGAGGGAGCGGCCGUUCGAGGCGGUUCACAUGAAGCUGCAGCAGAAGUAUGCCGGCGUGCCGCUGCUGCUGUGCUUUGCGGAGAGCACCUUGCCAGGCAGGCAGCAGCAGCAGCAGCAGCAGCAGCAGGCGGACGUGCUGUUGCUGCUCUGCUUUGCUGAGAGGCUCGUCAAGUCCAUGUCAGGACAAAUGUCGCUAUCCACGCGCGUCAACACCGGCACCACCGUCACCUUUGACGUGCUGCUGGACCAGCCUCCCCCAGGUGCCACCUCCUCCAGCACCAGCGCCAGCAGCGGAAGCUCAGUUGGGGGGGUUGGAGCCGCAGCAGGAGGAGGAGGAGGAGCAGCAGCAGCGGCGGCAGCAGCAGGGGUGGUGCCGCGGGUGUUUCACAUAGGGUACGGGGCGAUAGGGGACGAUCAGCACGCGGAGUGUGCGGGGCUGAGGGCGAAGCUGCGGGGCAUGCGGUGUCUGGUGGUGGAUGGGCGGCCGGUGAGGCAGCAGGUGACUGCCACGUACCUGGCCCGCAUGGGCCUUCGCGUUGACCUCUCUGAUAGCGUCCCUGCUGCUGCCCUGGCCCUGCGGCACUCCCGGCACCUCCCAGUGAGGCAGCAGGUGACUGCCACGUACCUGGCCCGCAUGGGCCUCCGAGUUGAUCUUUCCGACAGCGUCCCUGCUGCUGCCCUGGCACUCAGGCACUCAAGGCACCUCCCAGUGAGGCAGCAGGUGACUGCCACGUACCUGGCCCGCAUGGGCCUCCGGGUUGACCUCUCCGACAGCGUCCCUGCUGCUGCUCUGGCACUCAGGCACUCCCGGCACCUCCCAGGGCCUGGUGAACUGCAAGAGCUGGUGGGGCUUUUGAGUCGACUCAAACGGAAGAGCCGGUGGAGCAUGGUGGUGGUGGGCGCAGGCCAGGGCUUAGUAAACAGGAAGAGCCGAUGGGACAUGGUGGUGGUGGAUGCAGAUGCGGACGGGCCGAGCACGGGGAUAGAGCUGGGGCGCAUGGUGCAGCAGCUCAAGGAGCUGAGAGAGGCGUGGGAGGCCACCCCGAUCGUGCCUAAACUGCUGCUGCUCACUCAGGUGAGAAGAGAGGAGUUUCCAUACCGCCCGGGCACGGGGAUAGAGCAGCUUAGGCGCAUGGUGCAACACCUGAAGGAACUAAGGGAGGCCUGA